AUGGCGCGUGCAGAGGGCAGCAGGGCGCACGGGGCGCACAGGGCAGCAGGGCGCACAGGGCAGCAGGGCAGCAGGGCGCGCGGGGCGCACAGGGCUGCAGGGCGCGCGGGGCGCACAGGGCAGCAGGGCAGCAGGGCGCACAGGGCUGUAGGGCAGCAGGGCGCGCGGGGCAAACAGGGCAGCAGGGCGCACAGGGCUGCAGGGCAGCAGGGCGCGCGGGGCGCGCAAGCACAGCAAGGCGCGCAGGGCGCGCAGGGCUGCAGGGCGCACGGAGCGCAGCAGGGCUGCAGGGCGCGCGGGGCGCACAGGGCAGCAGCAAGGGCUGUAGCGGCAACAGCAAGGGCUGUAGCGGCAGCAGCAGGGCAGCAGGGCGCACAGGGCUGCAGGGCAGCAGGGCGCACAGGGCUGCAGGGCAGCAGGGCGCGCGGGGCGCGCAGGGCUGCAGGGCGCGCGGGGCGCACAGGGCUGCAGGGCGCGCGGGGCGCACAGGGCAGCAGGGCAGCAGGGCGCACAGGGCUGCAGGGCAGCAGGGCGCGCGGGGCAAACAGGGCAGCAGGGCGCACAGGGCUGCAGGGCAGCAGGGCGCACAGGGCUGCAGGGCAGCAGGGCGCGCGGGGCGCGCAGGGCUGCAGUGCGCGCAGGGCGCGCAGGGCAGCAGGACAGCAGGGCGCGCAGGGCAGCAGGACAGCAGGGCGCGCAGGGCUGCAGGAUGCGCCGGGCGCACAGGGCAGCAGGGCGCGCGGGGCGCAGCAGGGCUGCAGGGCGCGCGGGGCGCGCAGGGCAGCAGCAAGGGCUGUAGCGGCAACAGCAAGGGCUGUAGCGGCAGCAGCAGGGCAGCAGGGCGCACAGGGCUGCAGGGCAGCAGGGCGCAUGGGGCGCGCAGGGCUGCAGGGCGCGCAUGGCGUGCAGGGCAGCAGGACAGCAGGGCGCGAGGGGCAAACAGGGCAGCAGGGCGCACAGGGCUGCAGGGCAGCAGGGCGCACAGGGCUGCAGGGCAGCAGGGCGCGCGGGGCGCGCAGGGCUGUAGUGCGCGCAGGGCGCGCAGGGCUGCAGGGCAGCACAGGGCUGCAGAUCCCCUCCCCCCCACCGCUGCACCCGCAGCAGGGGGAUGGAGGAGAAGAGGGGGAGGGGGGCGGGGGCGGAGCUGCGCGUGCGACUGCAGGGCACGCGGGCAGGAAGUCAUCACCCCUCUUGCCAUAG